AUGAACCAAAUAUGGAAGCUCUCGACCGAUAAUCGAGUAGGGCAAGGCACUUUCGAGGACAGAAGCAUGCAAAAUCGACCUGCCGGACAAGAAGAUGAAUGCAAAAGAGUGGUGGGAGAGAGCGAGCAGAAAACGGGCUUCGAACUACGACGUCUGCGUGAGCCAGAGAUGCAGAUGGCAGGUCCAGUAUGGUACACGUACCCCGUAAUAAAACGCAUCCCCCGGUCCUGGAGGGAUGAUUGUAUUUUACGAGUGAUUAGUAAUAGGCUCUUUGAUAUCAGACGGGGCAAAUUCGAUGAUCAGUGUCCAAGAUACGGAUGA